GAGGAAAAUGAAUAAGCGAAAUGUCGUCGUCUAUGUUUCUGAUUGGGUAAUCCUCAAAUCAAGUUUAUUCAGAACAAAAGAAAGAAGUUGUAGAGCAAAAGAAAAUCCAGAUGUUUGAGAAAUUGGGGCAUUAGACUACAUCGCCGAAGUCACAUGGGAGCAGAUGCGAGGAAACAUGUGAGUAACGAGUGAGAUUGGAUGAAGUAUAUGAAAUUGUGAAAUGAGUUGAAGGAAGGAGACAUAAUCUGAGUCGAUACAAAGUGUUGCUGUAAAGGGUACUCUUGGAGAAGCGAUGGUCGAGGAACUAGCUAACAGAAAAACUUUUCGAAUAAAUGUAGUAAAGAAAAAUUGCCGAGCUAUAAACGAUGGCCGUACUGUCCUGGUCAGUUUGAUCAGAAUCUAGUUGUGAAAACAUGGUUCCGCUCUUCAAACAGUCUUUUUUGCCAUGACUUGUUUUGUGGCCACCAAUACCGUAAAAGAUGGUGAACUCAGGAAUUUAACAUGGUUUCCACUCUCACUCUUCAUUUUCCCUUCACUUUUUCCUCUCGUUUCCUUGAUCAGUGCAAGUGAAGCUCACUCAUGUAGUCAGUCGCCGUUAACGGUGAAGGAACAAUAUCCCUAAAAUAACAUACCAGAACGACUGUUCAAUCAGCAUAUCCUGAUUUAACUUUAUAGCCUGCGGUCUGUCCUUUUCAUCAAAGCACGUUUCGUUUGAGCUAUAUUUAGAGCUGCGGUUGCGAAAGACGAUCAGCCGGAAGUUCUAUUAAAUGUUGCCAGAGGUUUGUUGCUAGGAGAGGUGCUAUUAGCCUUUAAUCUUCAGAGACUCAGACUCAAAAAUUUUCCAAAUUCAUUUAUUAGUGCAAUUAGUUGAAAUUAGCGAAACCCAAUAAAUGUCUCCCCUGCAGGGAAAUUUAGCUGUUAGGGAUCAAAUUGACUGAUUUGCAACGCUGGUUUGUCGAUGUAAAUCUAAAAUUUGCUUAACCUUGCCCUUAACAAUCCUAUGCCAAUGACAAUAUUUUUGCUCAAUCAAACACUUCAAAGCAAUUUCGCUAUUUAUUUGUUUCCCAUCGAUAUUUAGGAUAUUGUUUAAUUUGUUAUUUGAUAAUCGAUAAUUGGCAAUUUGGAGGUAUCCUUAAAAUGUUUUCCCACGCUUUGAUUCGGUGGCGCCACAUAAACUAUGUGCGAUAUGAUACAGAAAAAAUAUUCUACGAUCAUUUAAUCAUCAGAAAAGUAAGCAAAAGGGAGACUAUCCUCUUGAUGUGUGAAUAGAAUGUUUAUAAGUUUGCGAAACGCAAAUAUGUGUCACGAAAUAUCUCCCCCGCAAAUUUACACAACAAAUCAUACUCGAACCAAUGAAAAUGCCUUGUCUCCGACACGUGACGCAGUCGGUUACGUUCGUCUUUGCACUAAACAAUACAAUUCUGAAGCCUUUAUCGCGGCGAGUUGAACGAAAGCCGCAUGUGAGAACCAUUUCUUUUGCUAAUUGAAAGGUGAAAGACACAAUAAGCUAUUUAUUAUCUGCGAAGGGCCUUGUACAUCUUCGAUGGCGGAACAUUUGGUGUGUUAUGAGCAAUUUACUGACAUAUCCGAAGGUGUGAACCAGUAGAUGGGCAACUUCUUCUCGAUACUUUCGCAGACGUGUUUUCGAUUUUGUUGUUUUUUGGCCGUGGACGUUUAUCGUGUGGGAAAUCUUGUAUGGCAGCAGCAGUGUGGCUUGAAACAGAGAACAGUCUUCAACAGAUUGUGUAGGUGAAUAUGCGGUGGGCCAGAAGCGAUAACAAAUUUUUUGUACAAAGUGUUUUAAUUGGAAUUUCUUUAAUACGACAUGCAACCGUCUUAUAAUCCGUCGAAAGAGAAUCCAGUUCGAACAGUUGAAUUAUACCGUCGACCUGGUGGAUUUGGAUUUACGCUUUCCAGCCAGGGACCAUGUGUACUGAGCUGUAUUAUAGCGGGAAGCCCUGCUCAUAGAGCAGGCUUGAAGCCAGGUGAUCAGAUAAUUGAAGUAAAUGGGGCUUCCGUGGAGAGAGCACCUCAUGAACAAGUUGUCAAACUUAUUGCGCGAUCGCCGGACGGGAUGGUUCAAUUGGGAGUUCGAAAGCGCGCGGAAUUUCAGAGACUACGGAAUGACGAGGAUAGAAUGAACGUCGAGAAUCAACAAGAAGAAGCGAUUAACGAAACGAUAUUGAAUCGAGUGGAUAAAGUUGUUGAGGAAUUAAAAUCAGGACAAUUAUUCGGGGAUUCGCCUUCACUGAGUAAAUCUUUAUCCAACGGAAAAUUCAUCUCUGAAGAUGAGGUUGUCAGUGACGAAGAGCUCAAAGCCUCGUUCUGCGAGAGUAUAAGAUCAGAAAGCUCUGUUCCUGGUUCUUCGCCUGCUCAGAGUUAUGCCAGUAGUAGGAGGUCUAGCGAGGGAGAUGUUGGAUCCAACAGUUCUUCCUCUCCAAAGUUAUCUCGGCUUCUUUAUCCGAAGAUGACGCCGUUGAAAGGCUAUGUGGAGGCAGAUAUCGACCUUGAGCCGGAUUUACGAUCAGUUGUCGGCUAUUUAGGUUCAAUUGAAUUGCCGGCAGCGUCUAGUCUGCCGGCCGCGAGUUUGACCGCAAUUCGAAAUUGCGUUCGACGUCUACGGGCCCAGCAAAAAGUUCAUGUGUUCUUCUUGAUGGAAAUCUCUUUGAUUGGAAUAAAACUUUUGGACAACGAGAAGAGAACCAUUGUGAUGUACCCUUUGAAGUCCCUGGCAUUUACUGGCCUUUGCUCAGAUGAUAAAAGGGUGUUUGGUAUUGUAACCAGGAAAACUAAUGAGCCAUCCUUAGAAAAGAAGAGCAGCUGGCCUGCUUCAAAUAAUCACAGAAUCGACAUCCAAAGCACUGUGAAUUGUUCUUGUCAUGUCUUCUCUGUGAAUCCAGAACUGAAAUCUCAUCAAGCUCAUCAGCGCAUUGCUGAAAAGUACGGUAUACUAUGCACCCCCCAGGAUGGGGAUGAUGGCUGUAUGGAGUUCCCUGCAUCCUCCAGCCCUAUCCUGAGAUGUAUAACUGGCAUGUUUAAGGAAAGAGCAGGUUCAGAAUCUGGUGGAACAAGCAGUGAUGGGGAAGUUCACACAAGUUUAAGAGGACGAUCUUUGUCAUUGUCAUCGAGUCAAUCAGAGUCGGAUGCGGUCUUUAGACCACAGCACCAUGACGAUAUUCCAACAAGUGAACCUCCAACUAUUGAUUUUGUUGUUAAUCAGGUGGUAAAUGGGUUGUCAGAAGAUUUUGGUUCUUUUCAAGCACAAGAAUCAAUAACCCAAAAUGAUUCUAAACCUCUGAAACGAGGAGAUCACCAAGAAUCUCAUGAAGCUGUUACUUCACUAAAUGAACAGUUUCAAACUGCUGAUAGAAAUGAUUCUGGUGUAGGCUCGGAUUGCUACCAUCAGAAUGACGCGGAGGCUAUGAAUACUGUUGCAACUUCGCAGAGCAGUAGAUCAGGUAGACCUACUCCUCCUGUAGUUAGUGUUUCAUCAUUUCAUUCCCGGGAGAGUUCUGUAGAUUCUCAGAUGUCUCUAGGGUCACAUCACAGUUCAUUGGUUGGUACCUUAGUGGAAUCAGGAUUUGUGACAAAAUCGCAGGACUGUGCAAUGGUGGGACCAGUGGGGACAAAGGAUCUACCACGAAGCAAUUCUCAAGAGUCUUUAGCUCAUUCAGAUAUAGUCUUGGGAACAUCCUCAAGUAAGAAGACAUUAAACAAUAGUGCGAGUAUCAGCUCUAGUACUCAGAGUAUUCACAGCUUGAGUAGCAUGCCUGGUGACAUGUCCCAAGUGGAUGGAAGAGUUGGUCGCUGGGCACUUGGCUUUGACAAGCUCAUGGAAGAUCCUGCUGGGCUGGGCUGCUUUAAGGAGUUCUUGAAGAAAGAAUUUAGUGAUGAAAAUAUUGUUUUCUGGAUUGCAUGUGAAAACUUCAGGAAUAUCACAGAUUUUGAAGAGCUGAAAAUGGAAGCAGAAAGCAUCUUCCACAAUCAUCUUGAUGCAAAUGCAGCCAUGCCUGUUAAUAUUGACAGUUCAGCGGUGAAGGAUGCAGAGGAACAUUUGCAAAAUCCAAACAAUGACAUGUUUCGCCUUCAACAACAGCAGGUUUAUACGCUGAUGAAAUUUGAUAGCUACCCACGUUUUCUGAAGUCUGAUGUGUACAGACAGAGCCUUGUGGCUGAGAUUGAAGGAGGACUUCUCCAUUAUGAGGAGGGAGAGGAGGAGAGAGAAAACAAAGCCAGAGGCUUCUUCUGGAAGGUUCCCUUUCUUUAUCCGUCCUCUGAAGAAUCCGAAUUCUCCAGUGGCAGCAGUCGUAGCAGUUUUAGUCUUGAAGGACAGCGUUCGGGCCGUAGCUGGGGAAGUAAACACAGCAGCAAACGAUCUACUGGAGGCAUGGACGGAGAAAGGAAAAAAUCAUUUCUUCCUUGGAAAGGUAAACACGUCAGAAAAGGUGACCGAUCGUUUGGUAGCCAGCCGGGUAGUGCUCGAAGCUCUCUCUCUUCCUUGUCCGAUUCAGUCCCAAAUAUCAGCUACUCCUCAGAGUCCUUACACGUGGAUCAGAGAAGAGAAAGCGAAUCGUUCCAGUUCUGCAGAGUGGUGCUACCUGACCACUCGUCCACCAUUUUGCUGUGCAAGGAAGGACAAACGCUACGCCAGGCGCUGAUACAGCUAUGUGACAGGAGACACUUGUCGUUUGUCGCACAUGAAGUGUUUCUCGGCGGUGGAGACAAGCUUGUGCCUCUGGAGGAACUAGACGAAGACAUGUCUAUUAUGGGCGGCAGAGAGGUUGUGCUGGAACACAGAACGCUUUUCAGAUUGGAACUUCCGAAUGGUGCGAUGUUGUGGAUGAAAGUCAAACCCAAUCGGACCGUGAGAGCUUGUCUGGAGCCCAUUCUCUCUCGGCAAGGCUUGUCCUCUGAUCACGUGAUUCGUUCGGGCCGUAGCUGGGGAAGUAAACACAGCAGCAAACGAUCUACUGGAGGCAUGGACGGAGAAAGGAAAAAAUCAUUUCUUCCUUGGAAAGGUAAACACGUCAGAAAAGGUGACCGAUCGUUUGGUAGCCAGCCGGGUAGUGCUCGAAGCUCUCUCUCUUCCUUGUCCGAUUCAGUCCCAAAUAUCAGCUACUCCUCAGAGUCCUUACACGUGGAUCAGAGAAGAGAAAGCGAAUCGUUCCAGUUCUGCAGAGUGGUGCUACCUGACCACUCGUCCACCAUUUUGCUGUGCAAGGAAGGACAAACGCUACGCCAGGCGCUGAUACAGCUAUGUGACAGGAGACACUUGUCGUUUGUCGCACAUGAAGUGUUUCUCGGCGGUGGAGACAAGCUUGUGCCUCUGGAGGAACUAGACGAAGACAUGUCUAUUAUGGGCGGCAGAGAGGUUGUGCUGGAACACAGAACGCUUUUCAGAUUGGAACUUCCGAAUGGUGCGAUGUUGUGGAUGAAAGUCAAACCCAAUCGGACCGUGAGAGCUUGUCUGGAGCCCAUUCUCUCUCGGCAAGGCUUGUCCUCUGAUCACGUGAUUGCACAUUUGGUGGGAUGUGAAGUGCCGUUGGACCCUGGCAUCUCGGCAGCAACUAUCGAGUACAACCAUGUGGUAGUAAAGACAGAGGAACAGUUUACAGGAAAUGCAAACACACAGUCCUCUCCCCAGACCUCGCUUGCUCCUCGUGCCUCGCGGCGAGGCAGCAAAAAGAACGCGCUUGACGACCUGGCCUUUGAAGAGGUCAUGCGCGGUAAACGUCAAACGCUUGGCGACGGACACUUUGACGAAGCGGGAGUCUGGAUUCCAGCCUUAAAGUCUUCCCUCAGCGAGGAGUCGCUAAAGGAGUUAAACAGAGGAGACGGAAGCUUUGGCAAGAGUCUGCUGAAGGCGCAAGGUCUGUUUGCAAGGAAACGAAGAGAAGGCAGCGAACAGGACAAAGUUGCACCAGUGGUCAGUAAAAGUGGACGCUUUGGGAACGAGAAGCCCACUGAUGUGAAAGACUUCUUCGAGCUCAUCAGCCGUGUCCAGGCCAAUAGGAUGGAUGAUCAGAGAGGCGAACUUAAGGGAAACCUGGAGCUGCCAGAUUUCCUCAAAAUUCCGGCGAGCGGUAAGCCAGCUCAAGGCAGUGACGAUUUCAAGGUUCCUUACGCACCACCACCUCAAGGUUUCAGAACUGUAGACAGGAACGUCACAAGACCUGCCUUGAAGAAAACGUUUUCCACACCGGUCAGUCAAGCUCCCGAGAAAAUGGACUUGAUGCAGGAGUUGGCGUCGAAGUUAUCCAAGAGGACCGAGCCGACGAAGAACAGUUCAUCGCCCAAGGAAAAGGUUGAGAGAGAGAACGAACAAAACGAAAUGUUAUUGGACUACAAUUUUAACUCCAGACCCCAACCUGCGCAACAAGAGCAAACUUCCCAUGCUGUUGUUAACGCGCAGGAAAGACAAAAACGUACACAGAGACCGAGAUCUUGUACUGACGCAACGGUUUACACAGUGGAUAUGGCGCAUGGGAUGCGGGUUGAAACGGGCAAUCGCCCGCAGCCAGUGGCUGACGCCGAACCUCGUAAGAACGUUCAUCCUUCAAUGCGGCCACAAGCAUCGCAACCUGUCACGGUGAACAGCUUGCGUGGAAUGCAUUACGCUACUAAUCCGCGAAGGAACACGACCGAUCACGUUAUGUAUCAUCGUCCUAACAAUGCGCUCAGUGCCAAACCGCAGACCGUUGCGAGAAUUUCUUCGAAAUCAACUCAGAAUCUGAGAGACACCACGCCCGCUAUUUACGACGUGAAACCGGGUUCGAAUCAAGGAAUGCGGAUUAAAGAACAUGAUGAUCAUUCGAUGAAAAAUUCAUCUGCUCCUGUAGAUAUUCCUGCGCGAAGGCUCGUUUCGGCGUACAGUUUGCCUGAAGUAAAUUCUCAGAGAGCUGAAGUGCACAUUCCGUUUGCGGGGGGACCCCCUCCGGUUCCUCAGAGGACAGUUUCUUAUAUGGAAAGACGACCUCGCCCUAAACCAAUCACCAAUCCAGAAGAACUUCUAGCAGGACUGGAAACCACUCCGGUGGCGCGUUCGAAUGCGUCUUCCUUUGACAGAGUGGAAUCACCACCCCACCAAGACAUGAUGAAACGGGUGGGAAGUCCGCUGCCUCCCCCUCCCACCCCUCCCUCAGGAUCAAUGUAUGACCUGCAAAUCGCCGACUUCUCUCCGCCUCCGUCGAUAUGUGAAUCCCCUGAAAAAUCCUCUCAGCCGCCUGAAUAUCGGGACUCCUCAAGCUUCGCGCAGUCUUCUGCUUCCCAAACUGGCUCGUCUUUCCCGAAUAGCACCGCGUCUCAAGCUAGAACCAGCAGUGGAAGCGCACCAAAUUAUGCUGGUCCCGUAGCUUAUGUGAACAUGCCAAGCAAGGACGUUCAAAGACAACGGACCAGCGACAACAGAACAUCGGGCUAUAGCAAGGUGCCGAUCACACCGCACGUUAGAAUAAGCAAUGUGAACGGGCCCACUUCGACAAACUCGACCCAGCGGGUUAGGAGUGAGGAUCGUGUGGACACAUCGGCGCAGGGUCACACUCCAGGCUCUGUCACGCCAACUGUUUCGAACUUGAACAAAACGGUCACGCCACCGUCGACUAAUGAACGGACGCUUGUCGAGGAAUCUCCCUCGGAACAUGCCACUCCCUGCACGGGUCACAAACCGUCAAUGGAUAACACAGCCAAACGGUUGAUACACAACACGGGGAGUGUUCCAAGAGCAAGGAACGCUGAUCCGGAGAAACGACGAAGUCGACAGGAUGGCGAGAUGCCAAAGCUUGACCCUUACGUUACCUACGAAAAGGAGGACUUGAGAAUUACGUUUGUUUAACAAUUCACUUACUAGGAAAUUCCUGCAAUUUUGUGUCUGCGGUCCCUUGAAUCGAUGCAAUUUUUAUUUAGUUUUGCUCAAUUUUAUUAUUGUGAUUUGUUAUGUAGUUUACUUGAGUUAAGUGCUUGUUUCUGUGAUUUUUCUUUUUUAAAAAAAACCGUGCCAAAAUACAAUGCAACUUAGAACUUUAUUGAAAGUGAUCUUCAUAGUGAAGUAGACGCAAAGCAAAAGAAAGCCCAGAAAUCGUCAGGGCCGGCUAAAAUGGAUUUGCAAUUUGUAGCGUAUCAGAUAUUUAGCAGUAUAGGGGUGGAGGGGUAUGGGAAGAGGAGAGAAACAACAAUAACAGGUAUAAUUUCUGCCUGUUAUAUCGUACUUGUAGUGUACAAAUUAAGUAAAUGUCAUUGGAGUGGAAGGCUCACGUUGGACCACAAGCGCGCGCGGCAUAGCCGCGAACGCGAAAUCGAGCGGCGCGAGACGAGACAGCGACUCAAGCCCUGGCCAA